AUGGCGAUUUGGGUGGUAAUAACAGCAGGUUUUCCUAUUGCUAAACCUGGUUGCCGAGAUACUUGCGGCAACGUUAGCAUCCCAUACCCGUUUGGAGUCUCAGAAGAAUGUUACUACGACAAACAGUUCUUAAUCAACUGUAAUGAUACAAUUGAUCCACCCAAAGCAUUUUUAACAGGAAGCACCAUCAAUGUCACGGAAAUCACACUUGAAGGAAAGCUUCAUGUCUUGCAAUUCUUGGGUAGAAAUUGCUAUGCCAAGAAUGGUACCCGGCUUUUAAAAAGACGGCCGAGUCUCAGUCUGUCCAAAUUCAUCAUCUCUGAUACUGAUAAUAAGUUUAUUGCUAUUGGUUGCGACACCCAAGCCUAUCUAGAUGGUUACCAAGCUUAUCAAAUUCUAGGAUACACCGUAGGUUGCAUUUCGAUCUGUCAUAGCAUUCACUACGUAGCCAACUUUUCGUGUUCGGGCAUCGGGUGUUGUCAGACAUCCAUUGCCAAGGGUGUAAGUUACUUUGAAGUUGAUAUAAAUAGCUUCAACAACCAUACUGAAGUCUGGAACUUCAACCCCUGUAGCUUCGCGUUUGUUGUCCAAGACAGCUGGUUUAAUUUUACUUCAAAUUAUCUUCGUGAUUUACAAAAUGUAACAAAGAUUCCUAUGGUUCUUGAUUGGACAAUUGGAAACGAGACAUGCAAGGAAGUGAAACAAAGGACGUUGCGUAACGCAUGCGAGGGUAACAGCACUUGUUAUGAUUCUGAUAACGGGUCUGGUUAUCGUUGCCGGUGCUUAUCUGGUUAUGACGGAAAUCCAUACCUCCCUGAUGGUUGCCAAGAUAUAGAUGAAUGCAAAGAUCGAAGUCAUAAUUGCACCCACAUCUGCACUAACAAGGUGGGAGGAUACAAUUGUUCAUGCCGUAAAAGACAUCACGGAGAUGGUAGAAAGGAUGGAGAAGGAUGCAUUCCUGAUAGGCCUCUGGUGAUUCAAAUAACUGUCGGUGUUGGCGUGGGGAUAUUGGUAUUGCUAACGGGUAGCUCAUGGCUGUACUGGGGUUUCAAUAAAUGGAAGCUCGUGAAACUGAAAGAGAAAUUCUUCAAGCAAAAUGGAGGGUUACUGCUGCAACAGCAGCUUUCGAAAAAGGAAGGAUGUUCAUCAUCAGAGACAGCUAAAAUCUUCACGGCUGAAGAACUUGAAAAAGCAACCAAUAACUAUGCAGAAAGCAGAGUUCUUGGUAAAGGUGGUUAUGGAACAGUUUACAAGGGGACCUUGACGGAUGGUAGAAUUGUAGCAAUAAAAAAAUCUAAAGUCGUGGAUCAAACUCAAACCGAUCAAUUCAUUAACGAAGUGCUUGUUCUCUCUCAAAUCAAUCAUAGAAAUGUUGUGAAACUUCUGGGUUGCUGUUUAGAAACAGAAGUACCUUUGCUUGUUUAUGAAUAUAUAACCAAUGGCACCCUUUUCGAUCACGUCAACGAUAAGAGCAGAGCCUCGAGCCUCACAUGGGAAACUCGUCUGAGAAUAGCAGCAGAAACUGCAGGAGUGCUAUCUUAUUUGCAUUCUUCAGCUUCUAUUCCGAUUAUUCACAGAGAUAUCAAGUCGACAAAUAUUCUCUUGGACGAUGCUUACACCGCGAAAGUGGCUGAUUUUGGUGCUUCAAGAUUGGUUCCGCUUGAUCAAGUUGGCUUAUCUACGAUUGUUCAAGGAACUCUAGGGUACUUAGAUCCUGAAUACCUCCACACGAGUCAGUUAACUGAGAAAAGCGAUGUUUACAGCUUUGGAGUUGUCAUUGUAGAGCUGUUAACUGGAAAGAAGGCGCUGUCGUUCGAAAGGCCAGAAGAGCAGAGAAACCUUGCAAUGUACUUCCUUGUAGCUGUAAAAGAGGAGAGACUGGUUGAAAUUCUGGACGAUCAUGUUAAGAAUGAGUAUAAGGUUGAGCAACUUGAAACAGUUGCUAAUCUGGCAAAAAGAUGUUUGAGAGUGAGAGGAGAAGAAAGGCCAACCAUGAAGGAAGUUGCCAUGGAACUAGAAGGAAUAAGAAUGACAGUACAGCACCCAUGGGUUAAUAAUGAGGAGUCAUACAGUGAAGAGACUCAGUACUUGCUCGGAGAGUCAAUUAUAGAUUCUACUCAAUUUGGUGAGUGUAGCACAAAUGGGUAUGAUAGCAUCAAGAAACAUGUCCAGCUAACACCAGUGCAUGAUGGGAGAUGAAAUUAUACACACUCUGCUGGAAAAUUUUGAU